CCACGCGGGCCUCGCCUUUCCCGUGCGCGCGCGUGCGACCCUCUUAACAUUCUUCCGCCCGCUUUUCGCCUCGCUUUUCCUCGGCUCCGCGUGAUCCCGAUUCGGCCCGACCGUCGCCUCCGCCAAUCCGCUGCCUCCGGCGGCCGUUUCAUUCGCUUUCGCCGGGUUUAGAUUCGAUCUGGGCGCGCGCGUCUUCCCAUGGCGUCACGGGAGGCGACGACGGCGGAGAAAGAGGCGUGAGACCAACGGCCUUUGAAUCCCGCCACAAAAACAAUACUGCUACUCCAACUCCUACUCCACUCGCCACCGUCUGCUUCGAGGCGACGCAUCUCGUCGCUUUCCCUCCCCUGCCUUUCCCACCCUGCGAGCGAGCGAGCGGCGUGUCUCGGCCCGCCGCCGCGCUCCCCUCAUUCGCCCACGCACGUACGGCCAACUGUUCGGUCCAUGCCUUGGCCUUUCCCGAACCGACCGGUUGGCCCGCCGAUUGAUUGAUUCCGUGGUGCCCAACGCCCCCGAUACGCACCAGGAAUCUGGUUCGGGCCAACGACGACGAGGAGGAGCCGGCGAUUGGCGGUUGAAUCUGGUGGAAUGGCGCGGCGGAGUCGACCGCGAUGGAGCAGCACGCACUCCGGGGUCACAGCGCCGGCGGGGAGGGAUCAAAUGCAGAUCCUCUUCUAGCGUCAGGUUCUCAUCUGAGUCCUCUGAUCCAGUUCUUGCUUGCAACUUCGUGGCCGCCCUACGGUAUUCUCGGAUCUGGUUUGCUUGAGAUUUCGCGGAGGAGAUGGACGAGGACGAGUACUCUUGGGUGCGGCGCACCAAGUUCUCGCACUCCAUCGUCAGGUCUAGCUCCGGCAGGUGCUCCUUCGACGAGCAGUUCAGCCGCCGCGCCGUGUCCAUACAGAAAGAUUUUGAUUCAGAGCUCAAGAGUCUGCAGCCGAGGGUCAAAGGGGCGGUCUCAAACCCGACGAGGCCGGCGAUUCCCAGGGCAAAAUCGGCGGCUGGCCAGGCAGACCGCAAGCCGAAAGAUGUUGUGUUUUCAGAUGUUCAGUUGAAACAGCGUGGUGCUAUUGCUGAUGGCUCACUGAAAGAAACAUCAACGAUGCAAGAUCGGGGCGAGGUUGGACAGAAGGGAAACGGCCUGAGCUUGAAAUCCCUGGAUAUUCCUAAUCGGCGUAUUGUCCGGGGUUUGAAAGAUGGAAGCUCGGGCAACACGCUGGAGUUCUCUUUCCACUCGGAGGAGCAAAGCUUGAGGUUGCAGAGGGUGUGCUCUAGCCCAGGUCCUUACUUUGCCAAGGAUGCAGGGCUAGCCGGCGAUUCCAAUCCACGGAGUGUAUCUUUCAAGGUUGCUGGGGAUGGAUCAAAGCCGAAGAGAAGAGCGAAAUCCCCUAUCCCAGCGCGCGUCAUCUCUGACGUUUUUAGGGAGGCGAAAGCUGCCAGCAAGAGGUUCUCCUCUCCACAGCGGCAAAGGAAAUCUAGCUCUGUUCGGUUGCUGGAUGAUAGUCCCCCUUUUGCCUUCUCUUCGACAAGAGCAGCGACCAAAUUGGUAACCAAAAGGGCCUCUUCCUGGCCAAGGAACUCCGAAGCUAGAGUUGCAAAGGUCGCUGCGCUCGAUGUACUUGAGAAAUGGACGGUCGACCGCUCACAGUUACUCAUUGGCCACAGAUUUGCAUCAGGGGCGUAUAGUCGUCUGUUCCACGGAAUCUAUAAGGAGCAGCCUGUUGCUGUCAAGUUUAUCAGGCUACCUGAUGAUGGUGAAGACCCAGAACUGGCUGCCCGGCUUGAGAAGCAGUUCACCGUCGAAGUUACCAUUUUGGCUCGGCUCCAGCAUCGCAAUGUCAUUGAGCUGGUUGGGGCAUGUAGCUCUGCACCUGUCUUCUGUGUCAUCACUGAGUUCCUGCCUGGGGGCUCUUUGAGAGCUUAUCUGCGCAAGCUGGAGGGCAAGCAACUUCCUUUGGGGAAGAUCAUCUCCGUUGCCCUGGACAUUGCACGUGGUCUGGAAUACGUGCAUUCGCAAGGAGUAAUCCACCGUGAUGUGAAGCCUGAGAACAUUCUGUUUGACGCAGAAUGUUGCGCAAAGGUCGUUGAUUUUGGAGUAGCUUUUGAAGACGUUUACUGCAACACGAUGGAAGAUGACCCAGGCACAUAUAGAUGGAUGGCGCCGGAGAUGUGUAAGCGCAAGCCAUAUGGUCCGAAAGUCGAUGUUUAUAGUUUUGGGCUCGUCUUGUGGGAACUGGUUAGUGGUUCGAUCCCUUAUGAAGAGAUGACUCCGCUCCAAGCAGCUUAUGCAGUUGUUAAUAAGAACUUGCGACCGGUUGUUCCUUCGAGCUGCCCGACGCCAUUGCAACAAUUGAUGGAGCAAUGCUGGUCCGCUCAACCCGAGAAGAGGCCCGAGUUUACUCAGAUAGUUCAGACCCUUGAAAGACUCAAGGCGACUCUCGAUAGAGAUGGAACCAUUGAGAAGACCAGCUGCCAGGAAGCAGCUCAGGAGCAAAACAAGAACAGGCUUGCCAACUGGAUCCUAAAGCUCUCAUAUAGCCCACCGGAUUUCUCAGGGCCCCCGCCGCCGAAGCUGCUGUGAUUGUGUGUCCUCUUCCUCCCAGAACGUGUUAUGUGGAGUAGAUCACAGCUCUGUAAAUCAAUUUUUCGUUGUAUAUAAACACAAACUACACGAGACACACCUUUCUUUUUCUUUACAUUAUAGAUCACAAUAAAUAUUUUCUGGACUCUGUUUUAGAAGAAAAACCAUCUCAGAAGAAUGGACGAAAUCUUGAUUGUA